AUGAAAAUAGAAGAAGUAAAAAGCACUGCAAAGACUCAAAGAAUAUCAGCCCACAGCCAUGUCAAAGGCUUGGGUUUAGAUGAAAAUGGUGUUCCUAUUCAAAUGGCAGCCGGUCUCGUGGGCCAGGAAUCAGCGAGAGAGGCUGCAGGUAUAGUUGUUGAUAUGAUUAGAAGUAAAAAAAUGGCAGGAAGAGCCUUACUUCUAGCAGGCCCACCAGGAACUGGCAAAACAGCCAUUGCUUUGGCCAUUGCUCAGGAACUAGGCAAUAAGGUACCAUUCUGUCCAAUGGUUGGUAGUGAAGUGUACAGUACAGAGAUUAAGAAAACAGAAGUUUUGAUGGAGAACUUCCGACGUGCCAUUGGGUUACGUAUACGCGAAACCAAAGAAGUUUACGAAGGAGAAGUUACAGAGCUCACACCAGUGGAAACUGAAAAUCCAGCUGGAGGAUAUGGGAAAACAGUAUCACAUGUAAUCAUAGGCCUCAAAACAGCCAAAGGUACGAAACAAUUAAAACUUGAUCCAACUAUUUAUGAAUCUCUGCAGAAAGAGAAAGUGGAAGUGGGUGAUGUUAUCUAUAUUGAGGCAAACUCUGGGGCAGUGAAGCGUCAAGGCAGAAGUGACACAUUUGCCACUGAGUUUGAUCUAGAGGCUGAAGAAUAUGUGCCUCUACCUAAAGGUGAUGUUCAUAAAAAGAAAGAAGUUGUGCAGGAUGUAACUCUCCAUGACUUAGACUGCGCUAACGCAAGGCCUCAGGGUGGCCACGACAUUAUGUCUAUGAUGGGGCAACUCAUGAAACCCAAGAAAACUGAAAUCACAGACAAACUUAGGAAAGAAAUAAACAAGGUAGUCAAUAAAUACAUUGAUCAAGGUAUUGCAGAAUUGGUACCGGGAGUUCUAUUUGUUGAUGAGGUUCACAUGUUGGACAUAGAAACAUUCACCUACUUGCAUCGUGCAUUAGAAUCUGCUAUUGCUCCAAUAGUUAUAUUCGCAACAAAUCGAGGGAAAUGCCAAAUUAGAGGAACAGAAGACAUAAUUUCACCACACGGCAUUCCAUUAGAUCUUCUAGAUAGGUUACUAAUAAUCCGUACACUCCCAUAUAAUAAAGCAGAGCUUUUACAGAUCUUAAAACUACGAGCGUCUACCGAAGGUAUAGCAAUUGAAGAAGAUGCUCUCACAGCAUUAGCUGAAGUUGGCGCCUCCAGUACGUUAAGAUACGCAGCCCAGUUACUAACGCCGGCGAUGUUGACCGCGCGCGCGGACGGCGCGGCCCGCAUCACGCCCGCGCACGUGCACGCGGUCAGCACACUCUUCUUAGACGCCAAGUCUUCCGCGCGCAUCCUAACGCAGAACUCCGACAAAUAUAUGAAGUAG